GUUUUCCCCAUCCCCUCCUAUUAUUCUUAUUCUUUUGAGUAUUCUUCAUUGUCAAGCCGCCAAAGUGGAGAGUGUGAUUGCAGAAGGGGGUGCUUCUCGUUUCAGCGAGUUCCUGGGGAAAACCCCAGGGCAAAGCGUUCAGAGAUGGGUUCCUUCACGAAGCACUAGACGAGAUGUCAACUCCAGCAAUGAAAAAGAGCGACAUGAUGCAAUCUUCAGGAAAGUGAGGGGCAUACUCAACAAACUCACGCCUGAGAAGUUUGACAAGCUAUGCCUUGAGCUCCUGAAUGUGGGCGUAGAUUCAAAACUCGUCCUUAAAGGAAUCAUCUUGCUGAUUGUAGACAAAGCCCUAGAAGAGCCGAAGUAUAGCUCGCUCUAUGCUCAGCUAUGUCUGCGCUUGGCAGAGGACGCACCAAACUUUGAUGGCCCUUCAUCUGAGAUCCAAACAUCCCAAAAGCAGAGCACAACCUUCAGAAGACUGCUGAUUUCCAAGCUUCAAGAUGAAUUUGAAAACCGCACCAGAAAUGUUGAAAUCUAUGACAAACAUGACAACCCUCUUACUUCUGAGGAGGAGGAGCAGCGUGCCAUUGCCAAGAUCAAGAUGCUUGGCAACAUUAAAUUCAUCGGGGAACUUGGCAAACUCGACCUCAUCCAUGAAUCUAUCCUUCAUAAGUGCAUCAAAACACUUCUGGAAAAGAAGAAGAGAGUCCAGCUCAAGGAUAUGGGGGAGGAUCUGGAAUGCCUCUGUCAGAUAAUGAGAACAGUGGGGCCGAGACUCGACCAUGAGAAAGCAAAGUCUUUAAUGGAUCAGUACUUUGGCCGUAUGCGAUCCUUAAUGAACAACAAGGAGUUGCCUGCCAGGAUCCGCUUCCUGCUGCAAGAUACAGUGGAACUGCGUGAAAACAACUGGAUCCCCCGCAAGGCCUUCAUCGACAACGGACCAAAGACGAUUAACCAGAUCCGUCAGGAUGCAGUGAAAGAUUUGGGUGUUUUCAUCCCAGCACCCAUGUCUCAGGGGAUGAGGAUGGACUUCUUCCUGGAAAGCCCUUUCAUGCCCAACAGAAUGAAACUGGACAGGGAGACUCUGGGGGGACUGGCUGACAUGUUUGGACAGAUGCCAGGCAGUGGGAUUGGAACCGGCCCAGGGGUUAUUCAGGACAGGUACUCGCCCACUAUGGGACGCCAUCGCACCAACCCACUCUUCAAUGGCCACAGUGGCCACAUCGCCCCUCCUCCACAGUCACAGUUUGACAUGGGGCCCAAGUCUUUUGUUAAGUCCAACCAGGUUCAGAACCAGCAUUUCCUCAACCAGAACCAGAACCACAUGGCCCAACAGCAAGUCCAAUCCAAGGACAUGCCUCCACGUUUCAGCAAGAAAGGACAGCUCAAUGCAGAUGAGAUCAGCCUCAGGCCUGCCCAGUCAUUCCUCCUCAACAAGAACCAGGUGCCCAAGCUCCAGCCUCAAAUCCCUACCAUGAUGCCUCCCAGUACCCAGCCCCCACGCACUCAAACCCCCCCUCUGGGACAGCCUCCACAGCUUGGACUGAAGACCAACCCCCCUCCCAUUCAAGAGAAACCUCAGAAGACAAGCAAGAAACCACCUCCUGCCAAGGAGGAACUGCUAAAAACCACGGAGGCGAUAAUGACGGAGUACUUGAACACUAAGAACCUGACUGAGGCUGUGAACGGUGUGCGGGAGAUGAAGGCACCAAAGCAUUUCCUCCCUGAGAUGCUCAGUAAGAUUGUCGUGUGUUCCUUGGAUCGCCCUGAUGAGGACAAGGAGCAUGCCAGCACUCUGAUCCACACACUCCGCACUGAGGGUCUCAUCACUGGGGAGAACUUCAUGCAGGCUUUCCUUAGCGUCCUGGACCAGUGCCCCAAGAUCGAGUUGGACGUGCCACUGGUAAAGUCCUACCUGGCCCAGUUUGCAGCCCGGGCCAUCAACGCAGAGCUGGUGAGCGUGGCAGAGCUGGCUCACCCACUGGAGAACGGCACCCACUUCCCCCUCUUCCUGCUUUGCCUGCAGCAGACAGCCAAGCUGAAGGACCGCGAGUGGCUCACGGACCUCUUCACGCAGAGCAAGGUUAACAUGCAGAAGAUGCUUCCGGAGAUCGAUCAGAACAAGGACCGCAUGCUGGAGAUUCUGGAGGGGAAAGGUCUGAGCUUCCUCUUCCCGCUGCUGAAGCUGGAGAAGGAGCUGCUGAAGCAGAUAAAGGCAGACCCAUCUCCACAGUCCAUCUACAAGUGGAUUAAAGACAAUAUCUCGCCCAAGCUUCACACUGACAAAGGCUUUGUCAACAUCCUCAUGACAAGUUUCCUGCAGUACAUCUCCCAGGAGCUGUGCAUGGCGGAGGGCGACGAUCAGCUGGCGGCCCCCUCCAAAGAGCAGCUGGAGCGGGAGAAGCAGCUGCUGCUGGCCUUCAAGCCCGUCAUGCAGAAGUUCCUGCACGACCACACUGAGCUGCAGGUCAGCGCCCUCUACGCGCUGCAGGUGCACUGCAACGCCAGCGCGUUCCCUAAAGGCAUGCUGCUGCGCUACUUUGUCCAUUUCUACGACAUGGAGAUCAUUGAAGAAGAAGCCUUCCUUGCAUGGAAAGAAGACAUUACCCAAGAAUUCCCUGGAAAAGGAAAAGCUUUAUUCCAGGUAAACCAGUGGCUCACCUGGCUGGAGACAGCUGAGGAGGAGGAGUCCGAGGAUGAAGCAGAUUGAGAAAGAAGCCGAAGCUUCACGGCAUAGAUUGAAUUUCUCAUCUUAUUAGACUCGCCUUUCCUUUUUUCUCAAACACCGUGCUUGAUUUAACCACUACCACGUGGCACUCUGCUGCUUGUCUUGCUAAUCUAAACCGAAAGCUUGUUACCUGUGGUGGGGGGAGGGGCUUGUGUGCGACCAGCCGCACCGUUUCACCGCGCUGAGAAGAAUCAAUUGAUCCGUUGCCUCAUGGGUGUUUUUUAAUCUAUCCUGAUCGACUCCAUGAAUUCUUUAAGUCUAGAGUGGCUCAACUAUAUUUCCUUCUUCUUUUGAUUGUGUUAAGUUUGUUACUCUCACUUUUAAUGCAUGUUUUUUUUUUUUUUUUUUUCUUUUCCAUUCAGUUUUAACUCACUUCAACCUUUCUCUCAUAAACAGCUUUAUUUCUUGGAUUUCCUUUGGAAGGGCUACGUGAAAUUGGUGAUUGUCACUAAUAGAAGUUAAAGAUAAAACCGCUCACCAGACGGCUUGUCAGUGAGCUGCUUGUAACCUGCUGUAAGGGUCCAUCAUGUCAUCACACCCAGACGCCAUAUUUAGCAACAGCAGAGUGGAUUCGCAGCGGUCCAGAGAAAAGCCAGACCUGGUGACGCUUUACAUGGCCCACUGAAGCGGAAAUGAAGUAUAAACUGGCUAAACAUUUAAUAACUAAUAAAGGUGUGUUUAGACAACCCAUGCUCAUUUAAAAAACUUUUUUCUCCCUCCCCUUUUAGGUUAAAAAAAAAAAAGUGAGCGUCUUUAGACCUUUUCCCUCACUAGGAAGACGUCUUUUUAUAAUCUUUUCCAGUUAGUCGUCGACUACAUGAGUGGUUGCAAUACUCACCCUCCAAAUGUUACAAUAUUUUAAACCGGUGUAAUCAUUGGUGUGCCGCCGUAAUGUAUCGAAGUUGCCUGUGUUUCUACCUCUUAGUUAGAUGGGCUUUUUUGGUGUUUGUGCUGGGAUAAUAAUGUAAACGAAGAAUCUCAAGCCCAAACAAGUAUUUCAUUUGGACCCAGCAUAAUUGCACAAUUUAUGGAAGCAUUUCCAAGGAAGCUUCCCUCGUUUACAAGUAUUGAUUAUUUAAGUGCAAACGAGAAGCUUCUUGGCAUCUUCGCAGAAAUGGACCCAUGAAAAUAAUUUUGAGCUUUGUCUCUUCCCUCCCCCCCACCUGGAGUUUGGAAUGACUGCAAUAAAGUGGCCUGUUUUUUCAUUUUGAGGCUUGAAAACAAGACGAGCGAUACUGAAAUUGGCUAAAUUAAAGUUAGACAGGUUGUAACCGAUUGUUUCAUUUAGUGUAAGAAAUAAAACAUUUUACCCAAGAAUUGUGCUCACAAGCCAUGUGUAUGUAUAGGGCAAAGGAUUUGGAUCUUAUUGUAAGGUAUUCAUAAUUAUUGUGCACCUCUGUUGCUUUAAUGUCAAUAAAGUCCAGUACAUGAGCACCAG